UCUAUUCAACCCCGUCACUGUUUUUUUUUAUCUCCCCCGUUAACCUUUUUCCCCUCCGUAGAUCCCUUCAUUCUGCCACAUCAACAAGUCGAUAAAGGCGCCAUUAAAUUUGUCCUUAGUGGAGCCAAUAUCAUGUGUCCUGGCCUGACGUCUCCCGGAGCCAAACUUUAUCCUGCUGGCGCCGAUACGAUUGUGGCAAUAAUGGCGGAAGGAAAGCAACACGCACUAUGCAUUGGGGUCAUGAAGAUGGCGGCAGACGAUAUAGAGAAAGUCAACAAAGGGAUCGGCAUUGAAAAUAUUCACUAUUUAAAUGACGGCCUUUGGCAUAUGAAGACGUACAAGUGAAAAACCAGCGGGAAGUAUGCGGCUUGCUCCUGGCCAGCGUGGACUACUCUGUAAUUCUGUUUUUAAAUGUGCACCUGAAUGUACAAAUUUAUAUUGUUCUGUGGCUAAUGCUCAAUAAAUCAAGUGAAUGCUGAA